GCCGCCUCCCCCGCCACCAUGGAGCCCCGCGGCGCCGACUACUUGUGCGCGCAGGUGUUGCAGAAGGACGUGGGCAGCCGGCUGCAGGCCGGUCAGGAAGUCCUGCUUUACCUCGGCCAGCCCGGAGCCCUCCCGGAUCUGGAGGACGACCCGAGCCGCCUGGGCAAGAUCGUGGAUGCGCUCACCGGCUGGGUGGGCUCGAGCAACUACCGGGUAUCAUUAUUAGGAUUGGAAAUUUUAAGUGCCUUUGUGGACAGAUUGUCAACACGAUUUAAAUCCUAUGUAGCAAUGGUUAUUGUAGCUUUAAUAGACAGGAUGGGUGAUGCCAAAGACAAGGUUCGAGACGAAGCUCAGGCUCUGGUACUGAAGCUGAUGGAUGAAGUCGCACCACCUGGGUACCUUUGGGAACAGUUGGCUUCUGGUUUUAAGCACAAGAAUUUUCGAUCUCGAGAAGGUGUGUGUCUGUGUCUGAUUGAAACCUUAAACACCUUUGGGACUCAACAACUAGCCCUCAGCAAGUUGGUGCCAUGUUUGUGUGCCCUUCUUGGAGACUCCAAUAGUCAGGUGAGAAACGCUGCAGUGUCAGCUAUAGUGGAAAUUUAUAGACAUGUGGGAGAAAAACUGAGGAUUGAUCUUUGUAAGAGAGAUAUUCCCCCUGCCAGAUUAGAGAUGAUAUUUGCCAAAUUUGAUGAAGUACACAAUUCGGGCGGUAUGAUUUUGAGUGUCUGCAAAGAUAAAAGCUUUGAUGAUGAAGAGUCAGUGGAUGGAAACAGGCCGUCAUCAGCUGCUUCGGCUUUCAAGGUUCCUGCACCUAAAACGCCUGGCAAUCCCGUCAACAGUGCAAGGAAGCCUGGCUCAGCAGGUGGCCCGAAGGUCGGAGCAGGUGCUUCUAAGGAAGGCGGAGCUGGAGCAGUUGAUGAAGAUGAUUUUAUAAAAGCUUUUACAGACGUCCCUUGUAUUCAGAUAUAUUCUAGUCGAGAACUUGAAGAAACGUUAAAUAAAAUCAGGGAAAUUCUGUCAGAUGACAAGCAUGACUGGGACCAACGUGCCAAUGCACUUAAGAAAAUUCGGUCACUGCUUGUUGCUGGGGCUGCACAGUAUGAUUGUUUUUUCCAACAUUUACGCUUGUUGGACGGAGCACUUAAACUCUCAGCCAAGGAUCUUAGAUCCCAGGUGGUCCGGGAAGCUUGCAUUACUGUUGCCCACCUUUCAACAGUUUUGGGAAACAAAUUUGAUCAUGGCGCUGAAGCCAUUGUCCCUACACUUUUUAAUCUUGUCCCUAAUAGUGCAAAAGUCAUGGCAACCUCUGGAUGUGCAGCAAUCAGAUUCAUCAUUCGGCACACUCAUGUACCCAGACUUAUUCCUUUAAUAACAAGCAAUUGCACAUCAAAAUCAGUUCCUGUGAGGAGGCGUUCAUUUGAAUUCUUAGACCUGUUGCUACAAGAGUGGCAGACUCACUCAUUGGAAAGACAUGCAGCCGUCUUGGUUGAAACUAUUAAGAAAGGAAUUCAUGAUGCUGAUGCAGAGGCCAGAGUGGAGGCAAGAAAGACAUACAUGGGUCUUAGAAACCACUUCCCAGGUGAAGCUGAAAUGUUAUACAACUCCCUUGAGCCAUCCUACCAAAAAAGUCUGCAGACUUACUUAAAGAGCUCUGGCAGUGUGGCCUCUCUCCCACAGUCAGACAGGUCCUCGUCCAGCUCACAGGAAAGUCUCAACCGCCCUUUUUCUUCCAAAUGGUCGACAGCAAAUCCAUCAGCUGUGGCUGGAAGAGUGUCUGCGGGUAGCAACAAAGCCGGUUCCCUUCCCGGAAGCCUGCAGCGCUCACGAAGUGACAUUGAUGUGAAUGCUGCCGCUGGUGCCAAGGCACACCACGCCGCCGGGCAGGCUGUGCGAAGUGGGCGGUUAGGGGCAGGUGCCCUAAACCCGGGUUCCUAUGCAUCACUAGAGGACACUUCUGACAAGAUGGAUGGAACAGCUUCUGAAGAUGGCCGGGUUAGAGCGAAGCUUUCCACACCACUUGCUGGUAUGGGGAACGCCAAGGCGGACUCCAGAGGAAGAAGCCGGACGAAAACGGUGUCUCAGUCCCAGCGUUCAUCGUCACCUGACAGGCACGAAGGAUCACAAUCUGCUAAUCCCAUUGGUGCUGGCAGUCGAUCCGGGUCUCCAGGAAGAGUUCUGACCACGACAGCCCUCUCCACCAUGAGCUCAGGGGCUCAGCGAGUGCUGGUCACGUCAGCCUCCGCCCAGAAGAGAAGCAAGAUACCACGGAGCCAGGGCUGCAGCAGGGAGGCCAGUCCGUCCCGGCUGUCAGUGGCCCGAAGUAGUCGCAUUCCUCGACCCAGCGUAAGUCAAGGAUGCAGCCGGGAAGCCAGCCGGGAGAGCAGCAGAGACACGAGUCCUGUCCGCUCUUUUCAGCCUCUUGCCUCCAGACACCACUCCAGAUCUACUGGUGCCCUCUACGCCCCUGACGUGUGCGGGGCCUCAGGUCCGGGCUACGGGAUCAGCCAGUCAAGCCGACUGUCAUCCUCUGUCAGUGCCAUGCGAGUCCUGAACACGGGUUCCGACGUGGAGGAGGCCGUAGCCGAUGCCUUGCUCUUAGGAGACAUACGGACCAAGAAAAAACCCGCUCGGAGAAGAUACGAGUCAUAUGGAAUGCAUUCAGAUGACGAUGCCAACAGUGACGCUUCCAGCGCCUGCUCAGAGCGCUCCUACAGCUCCCGCAACGGCAGUAUUCCCACAUACAUGAGGCAGACGGAAGACGUGGCAGAAGUCCUCAACAGAUGUGCUAGUUCCAACUGGUCAGAAAGGAAAGAAGGCCUCCUGGGUCUGCAGAACCUACUAAAAAAUCAGAGAACACUAAGCCGAGUUGAACUGAAAAGAUUAUGUGAAAUUUUCACAAGAAUGUUUGCUGAUCCUCAUGGCAAGAGAGUGUUCAGCAUGUUUCUGGAGACCCUAGUAGAUUUCAUACAAGUCCACAAAGAUGAUCUUCAGGAUUGGCUGUUUGUAUUGUUGACGCAACUGCUAAAGAAAAUGGGUGCUGAUUUGCUUGGCUCUGUUCAGGCAAAAGUACAGAAAGCCCUCGAUGUUACAAGGGAGUCUUUCCCAAAUGAUCUUCAGUUUAAUAUCCUGAUGAGAUUUACAGUUGAUCAGACCCAAACACCAAGCUUAAAGACAGUCAAGCCGGCACUCCAGGACAACCUUCACUCUUUUUGGAGCUCCAAGGUGAAGGUUGCUAUACUCAAGUACAUAGAAACCUUGGCCAAACAGAUGGACCCAGGAGACUUUAUAAAUUCCAGCGAAACACGCCUGGCAGUGUCUCGCGUCAUCACUUGGACAACAGAGCCCAAAAGCUCUGAUGUUCGGAAGGCAGCGCAAUCAGUGCUCAUUUCUUUAUUUGAACUCAAUACCCCAGAGUUUACAAUGUUAUUAGGAGCUUUACCAAAAACUUUCCAAGAUGGUGCUACCAAACUUCUUCAUAAUCACCUUCGAAAUACUGGCAAUGGAACUCAGAGUUCCAUGGGGAGUCCUUUGACAAGACCAACACCUAGAUCACCAGCCAACUGGUCCAGUCCUCUCACUUCCCCUACCAAUACAUCCCAGAAUACUUUAUCUCCAAGUGCAUUUGAUUAUGACACGGAGAACAUGAACUCUGAAGACAUUUACAGCUCCCUGAGAGGUGUCACUGAGGCCAUCCAGAACUUCAGCUUCCGCAGCCAAGAGGACAUGAGUGAGCCAUUGAAAAGGGAUUCUAGAAAAGAUGAGGGAGACUCAAUGUGCGGUGGUCCUGGGAUGGCAGAUCCAAGAGCAGGAGGUGACGCUCCCGACGCAGCCCACACAGCUCUUGAUAACAAAGCAUCGCUGCUGCAUUCAGUGCCUGCUCACUCCUCGCCCCGGUCUCGAGACUAUAAUCCAUAUAACUAUUCAGAUGGCAUCAGUCCCUUCAACAAGUCAGCCCUCAAGGAAGCCAUGUUUGAUGAUGAUGCUGACCAGUUUCCUGAUGAUCUUUCCUUAGAUCAUUCUGACCUGGUUGCAGAGCUGUUGAAGGAACUGUCUAAUCAUAAUGAACGUGUAGAAGAAAGAAAACUUGCCCUCUAUGAGCUCAUGAAACUAACCCAGGAAGAGUCAUUCAGUGUUUGGGAUGAACACUUCAAAACAAUAUUGCUUUUAUUGCUAGAGACCCUUGGGGAUAAAGAGCCUACAAUAAGGGCUUUGGCACUAAAGGUUUUAAAAGAAAUCCUCAGGCAUCAACCAGCACGGUUCAAGAACUACGCAGAGUUGACUGUGAUGAAGACGUUAGAAGCACAUAGAGACCCCCAUAAAGAGGUGGUGAGGUCUGCCGAGGAGGCGGCGGCGGUGCUGGCCACGUCCAUCAGCGCAGAGCAGUGCAUCAAGGUGCUGUGCCCUAUCAUACAGACUGCGGACUACCCCAUUAACCUGGCUGCGAUAAAAAUGCAAACAAGAGUCAUAGAGAGAGUGUCCAAGGAGACUCUUAAUCUGCUUUUGCCAGAGAUUAUGCCAGGCCUAAUCCAGGGUUAUGAUAAUUCCGAGAGCAGUGUUCGGAAAGCCUGCGUCUUCUGCCUGGUAGCUGUUCACGCGGUGAUCGGGGAUGAACUAAAGCCACACCUCAGCCAGCUCACUGGCAGUAAAAUGAAGCUGCUGAAUCUGUACAUCCGACGGGCACAGACGGGCUCCACGGGGGCUGACCCUGCCACCGACGUCCCAGGACAGAGCCAGUGACGCCGGUGACCAGCUCCAGCCUCCCGCCUCACGAAAGAGAAACCCUCCAGGACAUCUUUUAGGACUUAACCAUUGUUUCCCAGUUUUGGUUCUUUGUUUCAUUUCCUUUUGUCUCUUCUGUAGCAGAGGCUUCCUCAGUCUGCAUGUGACUUUUAUGAUAGUAACUCCAAAUUCAAGAGGAACAGUAUUAACACCAACGGAUCACUACCAAGUAAUUUUUAAUCGGAUUCAUCAUUUCACUUGUUUGUACUUUGUCUUCCCAUUAACCUUUGCCAGUGUUAUGAUUUUAUAAUUUUUUUUAAAAUGCUGGUUAAACAGGAAUGCUUAAAGCUUUAAAAGUUUAACAGUCUAAAACUUUUUUUUGUCUUUACUCAACUACAGAAUAAUAUUUUUAUUGCUACUUUGAGUUUUGUUCUGUAUCAUGUCCUACGCUAGAAACACUGAAAAUGAUGUGAAGCAGGCAGGACUAACUUGCUCAUCUGUCAGACUGUUUGUGAUGGUGAUACGCGUCAUUAGUUGCAACUCUUUGGUGAUCUAUAGUUUGAAGCUAAGACCUCAAAGAAAAAUGUUACCGAAUCAGCCAGUUCUGUAAGACUGAUAUGGUUUGUUGCUUACUGAUCUUGCCACCUUUUGUUAAACCGUGUCCUUUUCUGACCCCAUAAGAAAGCUGCACUAAAUCAUCUGCCUGGUUUUUCUUGGUAGUUCUUAAAACAGAAGGUUUCCUUGCAGAGGUUUUUGGUUUAUCUUUGUUGUGAAUGAUGCUUUUUUGUAUUUAUUAAUAUCAAAUUCACUUAUGAAUAAACUUGAUAAUGGAAACAGACAAAAAAAAUCAAGUGCAUGUGUGUCUUUGACGGUCUUCUGUUUCUCAGUUGAUAAACAAACUAAUUAUUGAGACAUGAGAGUCUACCAGCACCUUUUUGUUUAGUGGUGGAACCUGGUUUCCUUUGACCGUAAAAUUGUCUUACUUGAAAAACCCUGAUCCUGACGAGAGAGAAGCAGGUGCCGAGGCUCGUGUCCUGUUCAGACUCUCUACCUCUUCAGGGCUAACGCUAACUGAGCUGCUGCCUGGAGUGUCUUUUGGAAGACUACUUAGAGGGUGAUUUUCUGUUACUUUUUAACAAAUUUUUCAAAUCACCUUUUGCUAAACCUGUAUUGUUCAUGUGCAGUCAACUUUCAGAAAUUACCGGUUUGGGUGAAAGGACAAAUUUUAGAUCAUCUGGAACCAGGAUGCAAUGAUUUCUCAUCUUGAGUUGGUUUCUUUUUGUUGUUGUUUUUUGUUUUGUUUUUUUUUAUUUUUAAUCCUAACAUAAAGUGAAUUUGACUGGAAAGGCAAAUAGCUAUUAGGGAAGCAAUUUGCUAUUGUUACAGACUUACAGACUUAUCUGUAUUUCUUUGUUUAAUUGAGAAAAUGUGGAAAUGUAUGUAAAGAUUUUAAGACGAGAGGACUGAAUGGAUGAUUUGUCAUAGGCUUCCCUUCCUUUGGUUCUGUUUUAGCAGCAGACUUCUCAAUCUCCUCCCCCCCCCCCCCAGAACAGUUUUGUUUUCUACUGUUAAUUACAUCGUGUAUUUACAGUUCUAUGCUUACUGUUGUGCAUAUACUGGCAAUAAAACUGUACAUAACAUUACUUGAAAAACUUAA